AUGGCCCACCAUCGUCAAGGAACCCGCCAGACUCACAGGAGUUCAGAAGGCGCCGGCUUUCCUCCGCGGUCCUCCUCACGCCUCGACCGCGAAGCCGCCCACCGAUCCGCCCCCGCCGCUCCUCCCUCGCGACCCGCCGCUGCGCCCCCUGUUGUCGAUCCCGUCGCACCUCGCCCCAGAGACCGGUCUGUCCUCGCAGCCGACGUCCCCGACAGCUACCGCGACUCCUUCACAUCAAUCGUUGACGAUCCCUUCUUCCAGCGAUUUGACGACCACAACAUACGCGACCUGCAGCUAAUCAUCGGUGCCACUGGCGUCGGCAAAUCUUCCUAUAUCCAGCGCGUUCUCGGCCUCUCGCGCCCACCAAUCUCCAAUGCUUCGAGCGUCCGCCUCGUCGUCGAUAACAUGACCUUUGGCGUCACACUACUCGAGCUCGAUCUUGAAUACUUCGACAUGAGCCCCGCCCAUCCCAUACAAUGGCCAAAACAGAUCAACGGUCACAUCGUGCCUCGCGUCGAUGGCGCGCUAAUAUUAUAUGAUGUUACCAAGGGGGAAACAAUGAAGGAACUCCCCGAAACUAUCGCUGCUUUGACCAAAGCCGGCCUUCCGGCCGUCCUCGUCGCCAACAAAUGUGACCCUGGCAACGUUCGCCAGGUCGACACGCAGCUCGUUGCCAAUCAUGACUUGUUCAAAUCAUGCGUUGCUACCUACAACCUUUCCUCCAACGCGCCCGAAAGAGCACGAGCCUGCCUGCACACAGUGGUCAAGGCGGCAGUCGCCAACCGCAAGGAUCCUCAAGGGGCUGAGCCGGCAGCGUCGCGUCGGCGCGCGGCAUCCACUGCUAAUCUCGACACACUCGACGCACCCACCAAUCGACCCCUCAGCCAGCAGAGCAAACACAGCCGCGCAAGCUCGGAUCUGUCCCUGCUGCGUGGUGCGCCUAUCGACCAGUACCGACCAUCGUCCCGAAGCCCCCGACUGGCCGCUUUCAACAAUGCCCAACCGGGCGCCUCGACCUUCGCAGCAGAGCCUUCUGGCGACGAAUUCCAUCAAUCCGUCUCGAGUAUGCUCCGGACGCCUGGAAUUCGACUAGACCGAGCGCCGAACGACUCCUUCUUGGACAUGGACGAAUCAGACGCCGAAUCACGCAACAGCCCCGAUGACAUACCCAUCCUGCAACGCAAUGACGAGGCUCUCUCUGAUAAGCCUGCCAAGGCUGCCGCCGGCGUGUCAUUUGGUGAGCUCGUUGAUCGGCUGAUCUCGUUGAAGAUGUCGAGAGCCGAUCACAACUUUCUCGAGGUGUUCCUAUGCCUCUACCGGAAGUUUGCCGCCCCAGGCGAGCUCUUCUCAUCUAUACUGAUUAGGCUCGACCGCGUUCGGGACGACAAGACGGCGCACCACCUGACCAAGACAGCCAUUCAGCUUCGCAUCAUUGAGGUUGUGGCUCGAUGGGUAUCUUUGUAUCCAGGGGAUUUCGCCCGUCCUGCCACGCGACGGAAUCUGGAGGAUUUCAUACGCCAUCUCUCCACAGAACCCAUAUUCUGCAUUGCAGCGCGGCAGAUCCGCCAGCAUCUCGAACAUAGCGUGGUGGAAGACGAUGACACCGGUUGGGCCAAGUCAGAUGACGUCGCUGACAAGGCGGCCAGUCGGGUUUUGUCCAAGGAAGCGUCACGAUCCAUGUCGGACAUUUCUGUCGGCGUGAGCAGCUUGUAUCUGGACGACGACAAGAUGGGCGACGACAGACCAUCUGGCAGUUCCGACAUCUUGCAGGUCGACAGGGUCAACAGCUUUGUUUCUUUGCAGUCCUUCGAUGACUAUGAGAGGGAGGCUGCCACCAUGGAGCCGACUGACGUCUUGCCCAUGAACAAGUUCCGCUAUCAUAUUUUUAUGGACAUUCCCGAAGACGACAUAGCCGAAGAAAUGACGCGGAUUGAUUGGGUCAUGUUCUCGUCAAUUCGCAUUCGAGAUUUCGUCCGGCACGUCAGCCUGCCAAUUGACCAGCGCGCCAAGUGCAGGAGCUUGAAGAACGUGAAUCGCAUGAUCAACCACUUCAACCAUGUAGCAAAAUGGGCAGCAAACUUGAUCCUGCUGAGAGACAAGCCAAAGCACCGAGCACAGAUGCUAGAAAAGUUCAUGGCUGUUGCGGGCAAGCUCCGACGCAUGAACAACUACAGCGGCUUGGCAGCGGUAUUGGCUGGCAUCAACGGAACUGCAGUGCAUCGGCUGGCACAGACCUGGGCGCUGGUGCCGCCGGACAGGAAGCGGGCGUUUGCUAAGUUGGGCAUCCUCAUGGGCACGCAGAAGAGUCACUUUGCGUACAGACUGGCGUGGGAGAACUCACCACUACCCCGGAUCCCGUACAUCCCUCUGCAUCGUCGAGAUCUGGUCUCGGCUGAAGAAGGCAGCAAAACAUUUAUUGGCACGGACAGCGAUCGGAUCAACUGGAAAAAGUUCGAGGUUCUCGGCGAAAUCUUGCUGCCCAUCAUGAAGAGUCAGAGUACAGCCUAUCCAAAUCUCACGAAGCUGGAAUCAGCUCGGGAGCUCAUCUUGGAUUGCCGCAUGCCUACAGACGAUGAAGAGAUUUACCAGCGCAGCGUGCAAGUGGAGAGCACAACAGGGGGGCCAUCGGACCUGUCGAAGAAGAAGUUUCCAUGGUUCGCCAACGAGCCGGUGAAGAGCACGGGCAGGCAAGGGUGGCAUGGGCACAUGGAACUGGCAGCCCACUGUAACGUCUCCAUCGAGGCUCUGCGGCUCUGGGAUGUGUCCAAACGGAAGGGCUGGCAGGUUGGCAGGCAGGCUGGCUGGCUCACGCUCGAGUGGCAGACAAGGCGGGCGUGA